AAAAUAUGUUAAGAGUUGUCCUAGUUGGACUGCUCCAUCUCGAGUUUGUUGAACGAAGAGGAAGAGAUGAUGGAUGCUUUGGAUUCAGUUUUCGAUCCGCUGAGAGACUUCUCCAAGGACAGCAUCCGCCUCGUAAAGCGUUGCCACAAGCCCGAUCGAAAAGAAUUCACUAAGGUCGCGACUCGAACGGCGAUCGGCUUCGUCGGAUUUUUCGUCAAGUUGAUUUUCAUUCCCAUCAACAAUAUCAUCGUCGGCGCAGCCUAAUUUAGAGUGUUUUGAUUUCAGCUUUCUAAAUCAGAUCUGAAAUUUGUUAUUUGGUUUGGUAUACUAUAUUUAUGUGGGAUCCAGUGAUUCCAAUUUGCUAUCUUUUAAUGCUGAACUAGAGAGGGUUUAUGGUUUUCUUGAAAUCAUGUUAACCUAUCGUUGCCUCGACUUAGUUGGAUAAAAUUAUCUUCAGUUCCUAGCUUGGGCUUUAUGAUUUUGUGUUGAAAAUAAAACUAUGAUUAGAGGCGCAAGUUAGGCAGGAUACUGAUGGAGACAUGCCUCUGCAUUCUGAGUCAUGUUAGAUGUGCAAAGCAUGAAUGCGAUAGAGCUUCAAACGUUUGCUUACAUGCCAAUCCUUGGAUGUUGUAAGCAAUGAGAGUAAGAGUUGUGUCGUACACUCACACUCGUACUGCAAGUCAAUUUUGCAUGCUGUACAUUCCAUAUGAUAAAUGAGAUGAUGAUUGAAUGGUUUUGUAUGUUCAUGACGAGAGGGGACUGACUGCAACUCUGUUUUUUCGUGUUUAAUUGCAAUCUUCCAGUUGGUGCAAGAACCUUUCGAAACCAGAGAAGAUUGGCAGUUCAUUAGUUAGGCUCAUUUUGUAGCACUUUUCUGUGUAAUUGUUGACCACUUUGUGUUAUGUUUACUUGGUCUAAUAUGAAUCUCUGAGCUUUAUUUUGA